AAAUACAAUAAAUCACUCUCACUCUGUGUUUGCGCGUGCAUGUGAGUGGAUGUAAUAAUUUGCGAAUACAGAAAGUUUAAUAUUUUAGAAAAUUAUAUUCUCUUAAUUAAAUUUUGUCGAUAAAGUUAAUCUUAGUAUUUAGAAGUGAAAAAAAUGUCGACAAAAUCUUCAGUCGACUUAAGAACCGAAUUAGCAGAACUUGUAAAGCGUAAAGCUGAGAUUGCUGAUACUUUAGCAAAUUUAGAACGUCAGAUAUAUGCAUUUGAGGGAAGUUACUUGGAAGACACACAAUUAUAUGGCAAUAUAAUACGAGGAUGGGACAGGUAUUUAGCGAGUAAUAAAAAUACCAAUAGUAAAGCCGAUAAACGUAAUAGAAAAUUCAAGGAAGCCGAAAGAUUAUUUUCUAAAUCUUCUAUUACAUCCAUGGCAGCUGUAAAUGGUCUUGUGGAAAACACGCAAGAAAAAAUUGAACGAUACAGUGAAUCGGAGUCUCAAAUUGGAAACAGUGGCAGCGAGGAUAAUUGCAACUUCAGCAAUUCGAAUACAAUAUCUAGUAAUAACAAGGAAACAAGUGGCAAGAAUCACACUUCCGCGCAACCUGGAUAUACUCAAAAUAAUGGCACUGUUAACAACCCCGAUUCUGGUUCUACCCCUUUCUCAAACGGACCUAUGUCCAAUGGCAACAUAGAACAUGUUCCUACGCCCAUCAAGGAUUGUCAUAAUAACAGCAAAGACUCGAAUAAAACCAAAUCUACGAACAGUGCUAAAAAAAAUAGUAAUAAAAGAUCGAGAAACAGAUAGAAUUAUUAAAACGAAUUAAAUGGAUUAUCGGUGUUUACAGGGGGAUUAAAUAAUUCUUUGUGAAUGAAUUAUUAUCGUUCAUACGCAAAGUAACUCUCUAACCGGAACAACAUUUUGAUAUUAACGCGAGUAUCAAUGUGUAUCAAAGUAUCGACAUUAGAAAGGAACACAAGUUGUUGUUUGUAAAAGAUAAUAGUUUUCCAUGAAAGAAUAUGAAACUUUGUUUGAAUCGUUCGAAAUGAACGUGUUUACGAUUAAACUGUUUGAAAAUUUAUAUAUUUGAUGUGUGAGAAAGGAACUAAUUUUUUAGCGUACGAUUUGCGUUUGAUAUAAAAAUAAAAGGAAAAGAAACAAAAAAACCAAUAAAAAAAAAAAAAAAAGACAAAAAAGAAAAUCAUGAGAGAACUACGUCACUUCGACAUUCUAUCUGUAAUUGCAGUCAUCGUCAUUGUUAUAUAUUUUUAAGUUUUUUAUAUCGAUUAUGGACACCUUUAAACGGAAACGCGACGCAGUAGUAAAACCGAGAGAGAGAGCGAGAGAGAGAGAGAGAGAGAGAGAGAGAGAGAGAGAGAGAGAGAGAGAGAGAGAAUAUUAUGUGCAAGUAUUUUAGAAAAAGAUA